AUGAUUGUCGAAAUGAAUUUGUGUACGCAAUUAAAUGGAAACGUGAAAUGCGAAUCUUGUUCAAAUAUUACAACGGAUAUAAUUUGGCCAUCGUUAUUUCGAGAGGGUAUUUGGUAUGAUCAACUUCGUAUUUAUUCAGUCCCUCCACGAUUUGAUACUGUUUCUUUGUUUGCGACAAGAUUUGAAACAAAAUGUGGAUUUUAUGAACUGCGAGGCAAAUCAAAAAUGGGAUUUGAUUUGUAUAAAGGCUAUUAUACUGAACGAUUUGAUGAGUAUUUCUAUCCUUUUAUGGCGAGAGUAAAAGCAAAUUAUGAUAAUAUAUCAUAUAGUAUUUUUGUGGAGCGGAAAUUUUGCGAUUAUUAUGCAAAUAAUAAACGAGUUGCUCAUCAGAUGAAUAUCCUCUCAACCGAUUAUGCAAGCUAUAUGAUCCUUCAUCAAUGUAUCGAUGGAUACAAUUGUGUUAUGUUACUAACACAAAACGAAAAUUACAUCACAGAAAACGACAAUAAAAUUGGCAUUGAACAAGCAAUUGUCAAUAUAAUUACCCAACACAAUCUCGCCAUUGAAAAUCGGAUAUUCGUCUGGUCCGCUAAAAACUAUUGUCGACACCAUAUUGAGGAAAUUUAUCCUCAAUUUUAUCGCAGAAAAUAUAUUGAUCGAAAGCAAGUUGAAUGUUCAAUAAACUCAUCAAUUGACACAAUCGAAUUGGAAGAUUAUUGGUGGAAUAAAAUGGAAAUGGAAAAUGACCGAAAAAGUUCAGUAAAGAAGCGCUUGAUCACCAUUACCUGGUUCUUGGUUGCAGUGGCUAGCAUAUUAUUCAUUGUUUAUGUAUUUGAUAGCAAUUUUGAAAUAUCCUAA